AAAACUUUACUUAUCAAUAUCACAAUUUAGUUCAUUUCAGAACUUAAAGUAUGGGUGGAGCAGUAAGUACAGGAGAGGACAACGACCACCUGGUUGACAAUCUCAAAGAUGCCGAAUACAUAAAAUCCAAAAGAGUUGAAGAAGUCUUCCGUGCCGUAGAUCGCAGUCAUUACUACUUAGAAGACCAUAAGGAUAACGCUUACAAAGACCUAGCAUGGAAACACGGCAACAUUCAUUUAUCGGCUCCGUGUAUAUAUUCAGAGGUGAUGGAAUCACUGGAGUUGAAACCGGGAUUGUCAUUUCUGAACCUUGGAUCUGGGACAGGAUAUUUAAGUACAAUGGUCGGAUUAGUUUUAGGUUCAAAUGGUAUCAACCAUGGUGUAGAGAUCCAUGAAAACGUGAUUGCAUAUGCUCAAGAAAAGUUAGCCUCUUUUAUUACAGACUCAGAAAAAUUUGACAGGUUUGAAUUUUGCGAACCAAAGUUUGUACAUGGUAAUUGCUUACUGCUACCAUCCGGCACACGUCAGUAUGACCGUGUAUACUGCGGUGCUGCAUGCCCACCAGAACAUCAGAACUACAUGAAAAAUCUCAUCAAAGUCGGGGGAAUUCUAGUUAUGCCUCUUGAUGAUCAGAUGAAAAUAUUUUACCGGGCAGAUUAUGAACGCUGGAUGUCUAGAAAUGUAAUGAACGUGUUAUUUGCACCAUUAAUUCUUCCAUCUGAUAUGGAUUAUAAGAGCAAUAAAUCACUGCUAAGCCUUGCAUCUGUUGAUCCUAGAAGUCUACAGGAGUUAAGUCGUCUGAAAAUCAGAGCCAUCAUUCGGGAAGUGGUAUUCAAAAAACAUCCACCUAAAGACACACCAAGGGUAGAACGCAACAAUCGUCGACCGCGUAACUGCAUAACAAUACGUAACAUGAGUAACAUGAUUGAGCUUGCCGGAGAAUUGAUGAAUGAAUUUAAUGAGGACGAUGAACAUGAGGAACCCGCUGGCAGACAGUCACGGAGGACUGUCUCAGAAAGUGCUGUUCCUGAAAGAGAAUUCCCACCACCAGGUCCUAAACGUUCUAAUGGAAGAGACAAAGGCAAUGGAGCAAAAAAUGGCAAAGAGAAAAAUAAUGGUAGGAGAGAUAAUGGCUCGGGGGAAAGCUCAUCAUCUCAUGCCUCAAUUAACAGACGACGAAAUGCGAAAAGUGAAAGUGAUGCAAACUCAAAGACAGAUGGACUUCAACAACAGCAAGAAUUACAAGCCAGAGCAGAAGGUGCAAGAAGUGUACAUGAGCUUCAGGACAGCGACGUUCUGGAAGCAAAUUUUGAAAGUCGACAAGAAAAUGAUGAAAAUAAUGAUGCGAGUAUUGAACAACGCGAUGCUGCACGUGAUCGCAUGGUGAACUGUUUUGCAGAAGCAAUGUUGAUAGCUCGUAGCCUCAAACGAGCAUAUGAGAACGGAUUCCCGCAAGACCGCAAACGAUUGAAUGAUAGAUCAAGUGAGUGCGAAAUGGAUGUUGAUAAUGCAGCGUCUCUUGCAUCGCAAGAUCAAGAUCUUGGUGCAAGUAGUAGCGCCAACACUGAAGCAACCGCGGGUUCAUCCACAUCCACUUUGCCAGGAAACCCUAGUGCUGAAAGUCACAGUGAAGAUAAAGAGUGUGAAAUUUAUGAUAAAGUUGAAAGAGUGCCAACAUCAGACAACGGCAGCAUUGAAAAGAGUCUGGGAAACCGACACCCCAUGUCAAAUCCUGGAAUUGAAAUAAAUCAUGAUAUAGGCGAUUAUUUAGUCAGUGAGGAUGAUGACGAGGAUGAUGAAGAUGAAGAUGAUGAUGGGGAUAAGAGAAGCUCUAUUGAUCUGUCUUCUGGGUCAAGUUCCUCAAGUACAGAUGAUCUAACUGACGAAGGGAUUUUUGAAGAUUUGAAAGUGAGGCGAUUGUACAGUACCAGAAAGCAGGUUACCAAAACACCUGUCUCUCCACCGGAGAGGAAUUAUAUUAGGGAGUAUAUAAUGGAACUACCGCUUCCCCAGUCGCUAAUACAGUAUUUGUUGUAUAGCCGCACACAGUAAAGCAUCCUUGUAUCAAUGCGACUGAUAUUAAGGGCCAUGUAUUAAUUUUGACAUAUACAAGGUAAAUAUUACAGACUGUAUUCUAGAUGCUCUUUAUAACAGUUUCAGUCAAGGUUCUUAAUGUAGGUGUAGGCCUGCAAAAUUAUAACCAGUCAAAAAAAAUCUGCCUAUCAGCAAAGCUUACAGCUAAUGUAUAGCAUAAAAGUAAGUUGAAAAAAUAAACAACACUGGUAUUUACUUAGCUUAUUUUAAGUUACGAAAAAAUAAAUUGCAAUAUAAUGCAGUUUUAAAUUUAAAAUCCUGUUCUCAUUAUUCUUUGAUUGGCCUGGUCACAAUGGUGUGCCACUUUAAUGAAGUUUAUUAUGAGCAGCGUCCAAUCUUUCAAAUUUAGAUACCUGUACCUAUCAUCUGUACAGCUGCUGGACAAAUCAAAAUUUCCUUCUAAUUCUAGAAACGUAACAACACAAUAUUGUUUAAAAAAUACUUAUAACCUGUAUUAAGAUUGCCAAGGAGAUAAAUUGACAUUAAGAACAAAAUGUGAAUAAUCUUAGUUUACUAGAUUUUGUUUAUGUUGUUUUCACAUAAAUGAGAAGUGCUUUAAUGUAUAGAUUGUUGUGAUGUAAAACAAAAGAAUAGUGUUUAUUCAAGGUUAACAGAAUGGGUAUAAAUAAAUAUUCAAAAGAACAGGUUUGAAUGCUAAAACUGAUGUGGGUGUUGAACAGAAUGAAUAUGAAUAUUCAAAAGAACAAAUUUAAAUGUUCAACAAAACUGAUGUCAGUGUUGAACAGAAUAAAUAUACAUUUUCAACAGAAAGGAGUUGGAUCUUCACUAGUAGAGUGAAUAUUUAAUGUAAUUAUAUGAAUAUUGGACAGAAUGGAUAUAACAAUAUGUAACAGAACUGGUUUGAUUGUCCAACAGAAUUAUUGUAAAUGCAUAUCGGAAUGGAAAUUUAUGUUGAAGAAAAUGGGGAUGAAUAUUCAACAAAAAUGUUGAAUAUUCAACUGAAAGGUUUGUAUAUAAAGUGGAAAUACUGUAAACUGAUAAAUGCAUUUUGCAAAUAGUUGUUCUAUUUAAUUGGAUGUACUGUAUAUAAACAUUUUAUAAUUUAAUAGCAAACAAUAUUAUUGGAAAUUUUGCUACUUUUUAAAGAACCAAGGCGCAUUAGUUCACAGCUGUUUGUGGGUAACUACUGUACUUCCAAUUUGAUUAAACUUGUUCUGUUUUGUAUUGCACUCUUUCUCAUCAUUUUGUCAAUGUUCAGUUGUAGCCCACUUUCUGAGGGUGAAAUAAUACCAUCAUAAUAUUUCAUUUGUUUCAAUCAAUGACAAAAUCAAUGGAUGAUAAUUUUUAAAUAAUUAAAUCAGAAUUGGAUAAUAAUCUUUGUGAAUGUAUGUGAUGAAUUCUUUAAACACUAGAUUUGGUUUUUACUGCUAAAAUGAACUCCACCCUCUAAGCCUGAUAGUAUGACCUGCUCAAAGCAUUAUGUAGGUUCCAAAUGACUAUUGAGUUCUUUAGAAGUUAGAUUUAAAACAAAUAUUCUACUGGAAAUUAAAUACAGUAUUGAUAACUAUAUUGAAAACAGAUGAUUCUAACAAGUACAGAACUCUUGUACCUUAAGUGGGUUAAGUGCCAGUAAACUACAGAGGGUAUGUGUGUCAUUCUGUUUCAAGUACAUAUAAUAACCUCAAAUUUAAAUAGGUUUGUGUGUAGUCAUAAAAAAAAAUCUUA